CGGAGUUUGGUGAGAAGACAAUGUCAAAUCACUUUCAGAGCGGGUGAAGAGACGGCUGUGACGGAACAGGAUUAUUACCAUGACGGACUGGAUGGAGGACGAGGCCGUGCUGGACCGAGGCGCCUUGUGUCGCAAGCACGCCGUGGACGAGGAGGACGUGGAAGGUCACCACGCGGUGUACAUCGGGGUGCACGUGCCCUGCGGCCAGCACAGACGACGGCGGCGUCGGCGAAGGACUUCGAGCCGAGACGCCGACACCUCGACCCCGGCCCUCGCCUCCGAGGCGCACGCGAACGGCGUCGCGCCGGCCCUCCACGGCGUGACCGCUGCGCUCGUCUCUCCAACGCACCAGCGGCUCCAUCUGCACGAGGCGGCCGCAGUGAGGACGAGCGUGACCCCGUCGCCGGAGGGUCACGCGGGGUCACCGUCGCUGCCAUCACCGCUGGUGCAGGCCCACGACGGUGGCGGGGUCGCCGUGGCCUUCCCUAGGAACGGCGACGUUUCGCGGCCGCUGAGCGUCUCGGAGGAGUACCACAGGACGGUGACCCCGGGGGUGGAGCGCGCCCGACUCUUCCUGAGCGACGAGGGCGAUGGAGCACCCCCGCCGCAGCUCUUCACCGAGCUGGACGAGUUGCGCACCAGCCACGACGGCCAGGACAUGGAGUGGAAGGAGACGGCCAGGUGGGUCAAGUUCGAGGAGAAGGUGGAGGCGGGGGGCGAACGAUGGAGCAAGCCGCACGUGGCCACGCUGUCGCUGCACGCGCUCUUCGAGCUGCGCUCCUGCAUCCAGCUCGGGGCCGUGCUGCUCGACCUCGAGGCGCUCACGCUGCCGCACAUCGUGGACCUGAUGAUAGGAAGCCAAAUCGCGAGCGGUCAGCUGCGGAGCGAGCAGAGGGACAAAGUGUCGCACGCGCUCCUGCGGAGACACCGCCACCAGACCAAGAAGUCCGGGCUGAGGUCCAUCGCGGACAUCGGGAAGUCGGUGUCCGGCACGAGCAGCCUCAACGGCAGUCCGCGGAAAUCGACAGCAGCCGGCAACGGCAGCGACAUCCUGGAGAUCCCUGGGAAGGAUCAGAUGAAAAACCGGUUCAUCAAGAAAAUUCCACGCGACGCCGAGGCCUCCAACAUCCUGGUGGGGGAGGUCGACUUUCUGGAGACGCCUUUCGUGGCGUUCGUUCGCCUCCAGACGGCCACGACCCUCGGAGGGCUCACAGAGGUGCCCGUGCCCACCAGGUUCCUGUUCGUGCUCAUGGGACCCAAGGGCAGGGGCAAGGAGUACCACGAGAUCGGCAGGGCCAUGGCCACGCUCAUGUCCGACGAGCUGUUCCACGACGUGGUGUACAAGGCUCGCGACCGCAAGGACCUCCUCCUCGGCAUCGACGAGUUCCUCGACGAGGUGAUCGUGCUGCCCCCCGGGGAGUGGGACCCUACCAUCCGUAUCGAUCCCCCCAAGAACAUCCCCUCUCCCGAGAAACGGCGACGUCGACGGAGAGACCGCUACCUGCGGCACCUGCACGGACCUGAAGAAGGGAAGUCGCAGCAUUCCCUGGCGGAGGUGACGCGGAUGAACGGCAGCGGCGGCGGCGGUCACGGGGGAGGAGGAGGAGGGGGAGGGGGGGGUCACGGCGGCGGCGGUCACGGGGGAGGAGGAGGGGGAGGUCACGGCGGCGGCGCGGGAGGUCACGGCGAAGCUCCGGGAGGUCACGGCAGCCACGGAGACGAACUGGAGAAGACCGGCAGGUUCUUUGGGGGGCUCAUCAAGGACAUCAGGAGGAAGCUGCCGUGGUACAUGAGCGACUUCUGCGACGCCUUCAACAUCCAGUCACUGUCGGCCAUCAUCUUCCUCUACCUCGCCACCAUCACCAACGCCAUCACCUUCGGGGGCCUCCUGGGAGACGCCACCGAGAACAUGCAGGGCGUGCUCGAGAGCUUCCUGGGCACGGCGAUCGCGGGCGGCGUCUUCUGCCUCUUCGCGGGGCAGCCGCUCACCAUCCUGAGUAGCACGGGGCCCGUGCUCGUCUUCGAGAGGCUCCUCUUCAACUUCAGCAAAGACAACAGCUUCGACUACCUGGAGUUCCGCCUGUGGAUCGGCCUGUGGUCGGCGUUCUUCUGCCUCGUCCUCGUCGCCACCGACGCCUCGUUCCUCGUCAAAUACUUCACGCGAUUCACCGAGGAGGGCUUCUCGGCGCUCAUCUCCUUCAUCUUCAUCUAUGACGCCUUCAAGAAGAUGCUCAAGCUGGCCGACUACUACCCCAUCGACCCGGACUACAGGCCCGAGUACGUCACCUCCUACGGCUGUACCUGCCUGCCGCCAGUGCCAGGGAACGCCACGGUUCUGGCAAACGACUCGGCCACCACGAUGCCCUACGACCUCGGCUACGCUCUCAACGUCACCCUGCCGCUGUUGGCGAACGCGACGUCGGUGGACUGGGCCCACCUGGGCAAGAAAGCCUGCCUGAGGCUCGGGGGCUCGCUGUCCGGGCCCUCGUGCAAGUACGUGCCCGACAUCUCGCUCACCUCCUUCAUCCUCUUCCUGGGCACCUACUCCUGCUCCAUGUCGCUCAAGAAGUUCAAGACCAGUCGCUACUUCCCCACCAAGAUCCGAAAUCUCGUCAGCGAUUUUGCCAUCGUGCUGGCCAUCGUGAUCUUCUGCGGCGUGGACGCCAUGGUGGGCGUGGACACGCCAAAGCUCAUUGUCCCCACGGAGUUCAAGCCAACGAGCCCUCUGCGCGGCUGGUUCGUGAAGCCGUUCGGCGGCAACCCGUGGUGGGUGUACAUCAUCUCGUCGGUGCCCGCACUGCUCGUCACCAUCCUCAUCUUCAUGGACCAGCAGAUCACGGGCGUCAUCAUCAACCGCAAGGAGAACAAGCUGAAGAAGGGGGCGGGGUACCACCUGGACCUGUUCUGGGUGGCGGUGCUCAUGGCGCUGUGCUCCUUCAUGGGGCUGCCCUGGUACGUGGCCGCCACCGUGCUCUCCAUCGCCCACAUCGACAGCCUCAAGAUGGAGACCGAGACCUCGGCACCCGGCGAGCAGCCCAAGUUCCUCGGAGUGCGUGAGCAGAGGGUGACUGGGGUUGUCGUCUUCCUGCUCACGGGGGUCUCCGUCUUCAUGGCUCCAAUCCUCAAGUUCAUCCCGAUGCCCGUCCUCUACGGAGUUUUCCUCUACAUGGGAGUGGCGUCUCUCAACGGAGUCCAGUUCAUGGACCGGAUAAAGCUCUUCCUGAUGCCUGCCAAGCACCAGCCGGACUUCAUCUACCUGCGCCACGUCCCUCUGCGCCGGGUCCACCUCUUCUCCUUCAUCCAGAUCCUGUGCCUCGCGGUUCUGUGGAUCCUCAAGUCCACCGUCGCCGCCAUCAUCUUCCCCGUCAUGAUCCUGGCCCUGGUGGCCGUGCGCAAGGGCAUGGACUACAUCCUGUCCCAGCACGACCUGGGCUGGCUGGACGACGUGAUGCCCGAGAAGGACAAGAAGAAGAAGGAGGACAAGAAGAAGAAGAAGAAAAAGAAGAGCAGCAAGCCGGGCGAGGACAGCGACGAUGACGACGACGAGGAGGAGCAGGCACAGCCCGGCGGGACGGAGGCGGAAAAGUCGGUGGUGAAGAUCCAACUCGAGACUGCAGAGCUGCAGCCCUUCCUGCGGCAGCAAGGUGACGACGUCCCCACAAUCACGGAGCGCCACACCACGUGCUGAUGCGGCGGCGGCGGCGCACACGAACCACUCCCGGACAGGUGGUGUUCAUGCUGACGUGGCCACUGGCUCCAGACUCCGACGGUGCCCGUACCACCCCCCCCCCGGGUCUCCACCGCCAUACCGCCACCGGGCACCUUGCGGCGCGAGGAAAUCCGCGCGCCUCCCCCCCCCCCCCCCCCCCUCCGUGCAGGCAAACGUGAAAACGAUCGAAACGCGUUGCGCUUUGAGAUAUAGCUGUAAUAAGCGAAAGCGCUGAAGCUAAGUCAAUAUAACCCCGUCGUUAACACGCAGUCAUUAAUGCAAACGGAGACGAUCGUUGUUAACUAAAAUAUACGGCCGUCGGAGUUUGGUGGAAUUACGCGACGGACGUUGGCGGAGAGACGAGCGCACGGAGGAGGCGGCGGCCGCGUUGGCCAACGCCACGCGCAACAGAAUCCCUCGGCCGCACCAUGUGCUGCAGCAGCAGUUCAUGCCCUGCUGCAGGAGCAGCAGUAGCUCAUGCCCUGCUGUUGCAACCAUCGCACAUCGGCUCCAACAGAGCCACCUACGCAAUGGUUGUACUUUUGCGUUUCAAUUCUUCCUCCACGUGGCUAUUUCUCCCCCCCCCCCCCACCCCGAGGAAGAGUCACGAGUUUCUGCGUACACUUUGGGAGAACCAAGCAUUUCUACGCGGAGAUUAGUGCUCGUGCGUGUGUUCCGACGGCAGAGAAACGGUGCCGAUUUUUUUUUGUUCCCCCCUCUUUCCUGGGUCGUGCGAUUUCUGCCGCAAACGCUGCGGUGAGUCGAGGAGCAGCGCGGCGCGUAGACGUUCGGGCGACGUUCGGGUGACGUUCGGGCGACGUUCGGGCGACGUUCGGGCAACGUUCGGGCGACGUUCCCGCGACGUUCGGGCGACGUUCCCGCGACGUUCCCGCGACGUUCCCGCGACGUUCCCGCGACGUUCCCGCGACGUUCGGGCGUCGUUCCCGCGACGUUCCCGCGACGUUCCCACGCUGUCACGUCAGUGAACGGUAUUCGCCCUCCCGAAGGAGGAUGAUGCGAUGGACGAAUUCGCCUUUUAGGUACCGGCGAUUUUAUUUAUUGACACUUAAAAAAUAAAUCAUUCGCUCCGUUGUAGAACUGAUUAUAUUUAAAAAAUAUAUAUAUAGAAUUUUUAGUUUAAAAAAAUAAGCGGAAGUGUAGUUUGAAAUGUUGCGUGCUCUGUUCGAAGAAAAAAAACAAAUGUGUUUUAAACAGUGCAGCGUAAACCUGCAGAGCUAUUAUUAUUUUAGAACAUUCACUUGAAUUCACGAAUCGCGCGCUAAGCAUAUUUUUAUAUCGGCUUAACGAAAACAUUUUUUUUUUAGUCGUAAGCGAAAUUAUAACUUUAACACCACCAAUUAAAAUUUGCACACUGUAAUACUAUAUACUCAAAAGUAGUCUGAAUAAAAUACACGCGAUAACAUCAGUUAACAAGUGGCACGUCCCAUCAGUGUAAACACGUCGGAGGCUUUCUCAACUCAUGUUACAGAAUUUUUUUUAGGUCAGAUGGCUUAAGUUAAAUGUGUCUUACACCCUCCUCCACCUGACACACAGCAGAGGUCGCAACCGGGUACCCUGAUACCCGAACCCUACCCGAUACCCGGCUACCCGUACCCGGCCAGGUACGGGUACCCGUUUGCGACCCUGGUGCGGCCGGGUACGGGUAGGCCGUGAGUCACUGGUGAGUAACCGUUUGUCACUCAUUUCGGGUAGGGUACGGGUACGGGUAGGGAACGGGUACCUUUACCCGGCCGGGUACGGGUACGCAUUUGCGACCCUGGUGCGGCCGGCUACGUGUACGGGUAAGGAAUCAAAACCCGUUUGCGACCUCUGACACACAGACAAUGAAGUUGUCACGUGAACAACCGUGCCACGUUACAACUGCUUCAGCAGCAAAAUGAUCAGCAGUGUGUUGGACAGCAAUCUAACAACACUGAACAAUUUUCACAUUUCUAAUGGAAACUUUACCAGGUAUAGAGGCCACUGUGCUACGAGGUCUGUUUCAGGGGCAAGUUGGGUCACACACGAUAUCAUCAGCCAUCACACGUGGGGAUGUAUCGUCGUAAUCAAAGUAAACUGAAUACAUGUUUCUGAAUGUGGAGGGUAAACCCGGAGGACCCAGACAAAAACCCACGUGACCACAACCAGAGAACACUCCAAAUAUACAAUCCUCUAUGCAUAGCAGGCGAGGGAGAUAACGUAUGCGUGGAUUGCGAACGACACAGCUGGUGCUGCUGAACCACAAAUUGGCAGAUUGAUCAGCACGUGACUUCUUUAUGAAUUGGCUAUGUCGGGUGGUGGAGGGUGUACGCCACAAGCUUUACUCGCCGCGGCCAUCCGCCCCAGACUCCGAUUAUGAAAUUUCCAUCGGGGUUUAUUUUCAGCGGCGCUCUGCGUGCCCAGAGUGGCCGGCUGGACGAUGCACGCGCUCAUUUCACGGUGGUGCAACAACGCUGCCAAUAUUACGGGGAGGUGGGGGGGGGGCUUGUCGUCUCCCAACCCCCCUGCGAGACCUCGCCCUGGGCAUGCCAUGUGUACCGUGACAGACGGCUCAAAUGUGCAACUGUAAGUGGCACCGCUGGGCAUAAAGCAAACUAAUAAAAACGAAAUAAUUCUUCCAAUGGGUCCCCCCCCUCCCUGCACUGCCGGCACCGGCAAUGCACCGCUGCACGUGUGCCGUGCACAGCAGAGCGAGGCAGGAAACGUGUUCACGCGACGACUGUAAUAAACCGAGAGCAAGAGGGUUGGGGCAAACGAAACGAGAGGCAAAGCCCUCUGGUAAGGGGCGAACCGCGCAGUUUUUCGCAAAGGUGCCACCCCCUCCCAUGGGGACGACCUCGACACGUCAGUUGGGGCGGCGAGGACGUUCCAAUCUCAUCUCGAUGUUCCGAUGGGGCUGCAAGUCCCCCCCACCCACCCACCCCGGUUCUUAAGUAGUUGUGGACUUGCUCCGUGGAGGGGGGGGGGGGUGGGCGCAGACCGCGACGCGGGGUGCUUACCGAACAAAAGGGCAGCAGAGCGAACCGGAGGCGGCGCCACGCUUGAAAUACCGCAGCGUGCGCACCGGAACCGUGGUUCGGUUGGCGUGGAACCGUCUCCGGAUAGCGCCGCUUGUUAAACACCGGUGGCAAACAGAACAAAUGGAUUUCAAAACGACAGGUAUUAGAUUGUUUUUUUUUUCAUUUAACUUGUUGGAAAAACUGCGUAUAAGAAUAAAGAAUUUAACAGUG